CGUGUUGGCGAGAGGUUCAUGUCCAAAAAGCACACCGAACCGAGGGAGUGCAAGCAACAGAACGAGCAAAGAGCCAGAGAGAAAAAAAAAAACACAUACACACACCAAAAACAGAGGGAGAGAGAGCACAUCUCUGAAUGUUAACCACGUCCUGCUCUUCUGCAGCACAGGCUGGACCUAAGACUGUCGCUCAUCACAAGUGGAGAGAAUCAACAGGGAAAGUAACGUGUGUGUCACCGAGAGCUUGGGGCUGCCGCAGAUAGCGAGAGAGGAAGAGAGAGAGAGGCACAGAUGUGAUUGUUUUUGCCUUCACUAAGUGUCACUGAAGGUUUGUGUUGCUUCUGAUCGUUUGAUGGGAGACUUUCACGGGAAUCCUCGCGGUGCCAAUGAAAGCUUUUAAAAUUAAAACUGCUGCUCUUCGACUGCAGGGAGGAAAAGCAAAAUAAGAGUUUUUUUUUCUCUCUCUCCCUUGCGGUCUUGUUCGAGUCACAGAGAAGCAGCUGCCGCCGCUUAUUUUUAGUGAAGAUAGGCGCGCACACACACAGAUAGAUAUUCAUCCAGUCGGUGUGUGUGUGUGUGUGCAGCAUGCAAAAUUCUCGGCAGCUGCAUUUCGUGAAAUCGGAAGGAACACAUCGCAAGCCUUGAAACUGGAACAUCGCCUGCGUCGCAUUUUGCAAACGCUUGGAUUUCAUUUGGAGGAAAAACAGGAAGGCAGAUUUCGCAUGUAGUGCCGCGAGCCGUGCAAACAUCUUUUGGGUGGUUAAGGGGAAAAGGGGAGAAAAGUGUUCGGUACGAUUGCUAGUUUUCCCCCAUUAAGGAUUUAUAAUGCAAGAUGGUGACGAGAGACUUCUGUCGUCAAACUCAAUCACGAUUUGAAAUGAUUACUGUAAGGUGUAUCGAUGCUCACUCACUGCUGUAGGCUCGUCUGUUUUCCGAGCUGUAAAUCAACAGGUUUAACACCAAAAAAAAGGGGGAAGAAAAUAGCAAGUUUUGGUAAUGUACCUGCAUAUUGUGAUUUUUCUCUUACUCUGGACUGGAGCUCUGACCUUGAAGAAUUUGAAAUACACCAUCCUGGAAGAACAGGGACCCGGGACCGUAAUCGGGAACAUUGCAAAAGAUGCUCGCUUGGCGACCAGUCUCGAGCAGAGGAAGCCUAACUUUCGGGUUUUGGAAAAUUCCGCCCCACAUUUGUUGGAUGUCGACCGGGAAAGCGGUUUACUUUACACCAAGCAACGCAUCGACCGGGAGACUGUGUGCAAAAGGGCUGCCAAGUGUGUCGUCUCGCUGGAAGUGUUCGCCAACGACAAGGAGCUCUGCAUGAUCAAAGUGGAGAUCCUGGACAUCAAUGAUAAUGCGCCAAGUUUUUCCACCGAGCAGAUCGAGGUCGAGAUCCCCGAGAACGCGGCACCGGGGACGCGCAUUCCCCUGACGAGCGCGCACGACCCCGACACCGGCCAAUUCGGCCUCCAGACCUACGAGCUGAACAGCCCGAACCGGCUAUUCGGCCUGGAGGUGAAGUCCCGGGGAGACGGCACCAAGUUCCCUGAGCUGAUCAUCCAGAGGCCGCUGGACAGGGAGGAGCAGCCUCGCCAUGUGCUGCUGGUGACGGCGCUGGACGGCGGCGACCCCCCCAAGUCCAGCUCGGUGCAGGUGAAGCUGGAGGUGGUGGACACGAACGACAACAGCCCGUCCUUCGAGGAGCCCAGCCUGACGGUGGAGAUCAGCGAGAACACGCCGGUCGGCACCUUCCUGAUCGACGUGAACGCCACGGACCCAGACGAAGGCACGAACGGAGAGGUGGUUUACUCCUUCAGCCCGUAUGUGACCGAGCGGAUCCGCCAGCUUUUCGCCAUUGAUCCGCACUCCGGGGUGAUCAAACUCCGCGGGAAGAUUGACUACGAGGAGAGCAGCAUUUACGACAUCGAUGUGCAGGCGAAGGAUUUGGGUCCGAACUCCAUCCCGGCUCACUGUAAAGUGUCGGUGCGGGUCAUCGACGUUAACGACAACGCUCCCGCCGUUAACUUUGUGUCGGUUCACCAGGGCUCCAUCAGCGAGGCGGCUCCCCCCGGCACCGUCAUCGCCCUGGUCAAAGUUACCGACCGGGAUUUCGGCCGCAAUGGUCAGCUGCAGUGCCGGGUACUUGGUAACGUGCCCUUCAAACUGGAGGAAAACUACGACAACUUCUACACGGUGCUGACCGAGCGGCCCCUGGACCGGGAGCUGACCGAUGAGUAUAACCUGACCAUCGUGGCCCGCGACAACGGCUCGCCCCCCCUCAACGCCACCCGCUCGUUCACGGUGAAGGUGGCGGAUGAGAACGACAACCCUCCCCGCUUCACCAAGCCGGUGUACGUGCUGCAAGUGCACGAGAACAACAUCCCGGGGGAGUACCUGGGCUCGGUGCUGGCCCACGACCCUGACCUGGGGCAGAACGGCACCGUCUCCUACUCCAUCUUGCCGUCCCGGGUGGGCGAUGUCUCCAUCUACACCUACGUGUCGGUCAACCCGUCCAACGGCGCCAUCUACGCCCUCCGCUCCUUCAACUAUGAGCAGACCAAAUCCUUCGAGUUCAAAGUGUUGGCCAAAGACUCGGGGACCCCCCACCUGGAGAGUAACUCCACGGUCAGGGUCACCGUGCUGGAUGUGAACGACAAUGCGCCGGUCAUCGUGCUGCCGGUGCUGCAGAACGACACGGCCGAGAUCCACGUGCCCCGGAACGCCGGCCUGGGCUACAUCGUGGCCACGGUGCGGGCCGUGGACAGCGACUACGGCGACAGCGGCCGCCUCUCCUACGAGAUCGCCGAGGGCAACGAGCAGCACCUCUUCGACAUGGACCCGAGCAGCGGCGAGAUCCGCACGGCGCAGCCUUUCUGGGAGGAGGUGUCCCCCAGCGCCGAGCUGGUGGUCAGGGUGUCUGACCACGGCAAGCCGUCCCUGUCGGCCGUGGCCCGCCUGGUCAUCGUGGCCUACCUGGGGGUGGCCCCCAAGGACGAGCACCGGGUCAACCAGGAGCAGCGGCACUGGGACAUGUCGCUGCCCCUCAUCGUCACCCUGAGCUCCAUCUCGGUCAUCCUGCUGACCUCCAUGGUCACCAUCGCCGUCAAAUGCAGGAGAGAGAACAAGGAGAUCAGGACGUACAACUGCAGGAUCGCCGAGUACUCGCACCCCCACCUGGGCAAGAGCAGCAAGAAGAAGAAGAUCAACAAGAACGACAUCAUGUUGGUCCAGAGUGAAGUGGAGGAGAGAGAUGUCAUGAACGUGGUGAGCAGUCCCUCCCUGGCCUCUUCUCCCGUUUAUUUCGAUUACCAGACGCGCCUGCCGCUCAGCUCCCCCAGGUCAGAAGUCAUGUACCUGAAGCCCACCUCCAACAACCUGACCGUCCCCCAGGGCCAUGUGGUCUGUCACACUUUCUCCGGACAGGGUUCAAAUCCGACCGACGUAACGUCAACAAGAAUGUCACUGAUUCAGACAGACAAUUUUCCCACAGAGCCCAAUUACAUGGGCAGCAGGCAGCAGUUUGUUCAAAGUAAUUCCACGUUCAAAGAUCCAGAGAGAGUUAGUUUGAGGGACAGUGGACACGGAGACAGUGACCAAGCUGACAGCGAUCAGGACACUAAUAAAGGCUCCUGCUGUGACAUGUCUGCCAAGGACGCACUCAAGAUAAAAUCUGCAACAACCAAACCCCCAGUCCCUGAACAAGAGAAGGAGGACUGUGUCAACUGUACAGAUGAAUGCCGUGUCUUGGGCCACUCAGAUAAGUGUUGGAUGCCUCAGUUCCCUGUUUCGAACCAAGCUGAAUGUUCAGAUUAUCGCCGGAAUCUUUUUGUACCAGCAGUAGAAGCCACAGUUGAAUCAGAAACUCAAGAAAACACAACACCUGCUGGGAAAAAAACUUUCUGUACUUUUGGGAAGGACAAACGAGAGCACACCAUUCUCGUUGCAAAUGUAAAACCCUAUUUAAAAGCUAAGCGCGCUCUAAGUCCUCUCUUGCAAGAGGUCUCAUCAGCUGCAAGCAGUCCAGACAAGACUUCAGUUGCAGGCAGUAACAGCUCAAGUAAACGACCUCUGGUUGCAUUUGAGGUGAAGCAGAAAAUGGCUGACACAUCAACAGAGUCAACCGCCCAAUAUUUAACAUCUGAUACCCACUACCCAUCACCUGAUAAACAACGUGACAGCCACUUCAUUACACCUGAAGCAGUGGCAACGGUCUUUGCAGAUGUACACUCCAGAGUUGGCCGGGAGUUCAAUGAUGUGGACACUGUCCUGGACCAGUACGAACCCUCUAGCCGGGAGCUAGGACGGGAAGAUGUGGACGCUGAGCAGGUAGUUCGAGAAAUCGACAAACUUUUACAAGAUUGUCGAGGAAAUGACCCUUCAACUGUGAGAAAGUGAACAUUGUGUAAUUAGUGACAGUUGACUACCUUUCUUCUAAAGGACAAAUCACUCAAAAGUGUCAAAGCAGCAUUUUUUUCAGAUGGUGAAGCACCAAUGGCAGAAUACAAGGAAAGAUGAUGUUGGUUAGUGUCUGUGAGUUAGAAUUCAAAGUGCCCAUUUGUGCACUUUUCAUUGUUUUUUUUCGUGUCAAAGGAAACAGAAAAUACUUACGUUUUCACCAGAAAAGUUAUGAAAAAUGGCUAUGUUUCAUUCACUGAAUUGAAUUGACAAUCUCAAUAUAUGCCCUUCCUUGCAAUGAAAAAGUGGAAAGUGCAGGUGUUGUCAAGCUAAUCACCUCUGUAUAAAAAAAAAUACAUUGUUUAACAGGAAACAAUGAGGGGCAGAAUUGAUAAGAAGCAGGUAUCAGCUUUCCAGUAAAACAUUGCAAAUCUUUAAUUCAGAGUGUACAGUUAUUGUCAGCUGAUGUAGAUGUCCUUAUGAACUAGGUUUAUCUGCAGUGAACAUUGCAUCAUUGAUUGUCACCUCAUGGGAUAGUUCAUUCUGAAUCAUUAAGCAAUGAUGCACAUCUAGAUAUUUUGUAUAAACCCACUUUAAAAUAUUUCUGUAAAAUGUGUUGUUUAAACAAAAUACAUUUGCCCCAUGCUCUCAGACUGAAUACAAAACAAGUACAAAAUGGUUAUUCUGGUUAUUCUCUAAGCUGUACUACCAAAGAGUGACAUUUUAGUGUCCAGUUGUUUAAAUUCCUCCUCUACAUUUUAGUCAUCAAAAUGUUGUCACCCUAUUAUUGUCCAAUGGUAAAAUAUAUUGUGUCCCAGAUGAAGAAAUACUGUUCCAUAUUUGUAGAUGGACACUAAAAUGACUCGUUAAGGGGAAUACCUAUUAAGUACUAGCAAAGCAAAACAUAUUGAUGUGCAAAUGUAAGAAUCAUGGAGUGUUUACACUGAAUCUAGCUUUUUAAUUGAUUUAUUGCAAUAUCAGUGCAUAUGAGCCAAACUUGUUAAUUGUACUAAAAGCUAUAUUGUGUAUUUUAUUAAAUUAAUAUAUAGUUGUGUUGCAAAAUAUUUGGGCUUAUAUUGUAUUUGGCAAAUGUUGCCUUAGUAGCUGUCGAACUCUAUGAGUUUAAUUUCACUAUUUUCCCCUUUUUCCCUUUGAAAUGUGGGAAGCAGUGUACACAAGCAGAUUCUGUUUAACAAGCCAGUAAUGUAUGCUUCAAAGUAACCCUUCAAGUAUAUCAACCAUUCAAAGUAUGGUGACUGAAUUAGAAAUGUGUAUUUGUCAGUAAUAUCUUGGAAUUGUCUCCAUAUUUUGAAACGUUUCUAUAUUGUUGAGUUUUUUAUCGUGUGCGCUGCAGUUUAUGUAGAAUCGACCGAAGUCAGGUUAACUCAACUUGAUAGCUAAAAAGGAGCAACACCCUGGCUUAAUAAUUGCUCACACAAGAGGUGAUAACUAAGAAAAGCAACUUGAGUUGAAAAUUCAUCUGUGACACUAUUUAGUCACAUUACUGCCUCUUCAUUAUUUAGUCACGUUACUGUCCAUUUUUGUGAAGUGUUUUCCAUUAAGUCCAUAUCAGCUUAAUAAAAACAUAACCUCAAGAUUUUAAUUAACAACAAAAUAUAAAAAAGUAAUGCUGAAUAGCAAUGAGGUCUUUGCACAGGCUCAUUAAGCUGUACUUUCAGGCUAUUUGUUUUCUAAUUUGAGUAGAAGUCACCAAGGUCAACAGCUAGUCUUGAUAGCCAGCAUAAUAUACACCCACUCAUUAUUGCCUAAUUACAUUAUUUUGGCAUCAAGCACCAUUAAUCAGAGCAGUAUUCAGGAGGGAUUUUUGCUAUCAAGGUUUGUUGACGUGAAAUGUAAUUGAAUGAAGCCUGAUUGAGGUCCUGACUUCCCCAGCUCCCCUUGGUCCUUGGGCCGGUGCUCUGCAUUUAUCAAUCCCUGUCACCCCAUAGGGCUCAGAGCUACACUGGGCAACUGGUGAGAACAGCAUAUGUUGUAUGGAAUAACUCAACUGCUAUUGUUAAAUGGCUGUGUUUUAAUGUGAUCUAUCUGGAAAAUGAGGACAAAGAAUUAAAGCAAUUACUAACAUCA